CGUCACCGCGGGGGCUGGUACGGCGGAGGCCAGGCCUGGGUUCCAUCGUCAUCGUCAUCAUCUUGUCCCUCUACGUGUGUGUCUGUGUGUCGUGUCCCGUCCGUCCCCCCCCCCCCCACCUCCAACCCACCCCAAAACCCGCCGACCCCGGCGAGCUCCAUGGUUCGGGAAGGCGGCAUGGCCCGUACCCCUUACAGCUCCACGCAGGACAUCCAGAUGGACGUCUUCGACAACGCCGCCCUCCAGGGCAAGUACAGCAAGCGCAAGAGCCGCUUCAAGCGCUCGGACGGCAGCACCUCGUCCGACACCACCUCCAACAGCUUCGUCCGGCAGGGCUCUGCGGAGUCCUACACCAGCCGCCCCUCGGACUCGGACGCGUCGCUGGAGGAGGACCGGGAGGCGCUGCGCAAGGAGGCCGAGCGCCAGGCCAUGGCGCAGCUGGAGAAAGCCAAGACGAAGCCGGUGGCGUUUGCCGUGCGGACGAAUGUCGGCUACAACCCUUCCGCCAGCGACGACAUGCCGGUGCAGGGCAUGGCCAUCUGCUUCGAGCCCAAAGACUUCCUGCACAUCAAGGAGAAGUACAACAACGACUGGUGGAUCGGGCGGCUGGUGAAGGAGGGCUGCGAGGUGGGCUUCAUCCCCAGCCCCGUCAAGCUGGAGAACAUGCGGCUGCUGCAGGAGCAGAAGAUGAGGCAGAACCGCCUGAGCUCGAGCAAAUCGGGGGACAACUCCAGCUCCAGCCUGGGCGACGUGGUGACGGGGACCCGCCGGCCCACCCCCCCGGCCAGCGGUGCCCUGGACAUGCCUAGCUUUGCCUUUGACCCCGAUGAGUUAGAGGAGGAGGAGGCCAUGGAGACCCACCGCUCCCCUAAGAGUAGCGUGAGCAGUGUCACCACCCCCCCCGCCCACACCAAGCGCAUCCCCUUCUUUAGGAAGGCCGAGCACGUGCCCCCGUAUGACGUGGUGCCCUCCAUGCGGCCCAUCAUCCUGGUGGGGCCGUCGCUGAAGGGCUACGAGGUCACGGACAUGAUGCAGAAAGCCCUCUUCGACUUCUUGAAGCAUCGCUUUGAUGGCAGGAUCUCCAUCACGCGAGUGACAGCUGACAUCUCCCUAGCCAAGCGCUCCGUCCUGAACAACCCCAGCAAGCACACCAUCAUCGAGCGCUCCAGCACGCGCUCCAGCCUGGCCGAGGUCCAGAGCGAGACCGAGCGCAUCUUCGAGCUGGCCCGGACGCUGCAGCUGGUGGCCUUGGAUGCCGACACCAUCAACCACCCGGCCCAGCUGGCCAAGACGUCCCUGGCCCCCAUCAUCGUCUACAUCAAAAUCACCUCCCCCAAGGUGCUGCAGCGGCUGGUGAAGUCCCGGGGCAAGUCCCAGGCGAAGCACCUCAACGUGCAGAUGGUGGCCUCUGACAAGCUGGCGCAGUGCCCGCCCGAGAUGUUCGACAUCGUUCUGGAUGAGAACCAGCUGGAGGAGGCCUGCGAGCACCUGGCCGAGUACCUGGAGGCCUACUGGAAGGCGACGCACCCCCCCAGCAGCAACCCCCCCAACCCGCUGCUGAACCGCACCAUGGCCACGGCCGCCCUGGCCGCCAGCCCUGCGCCCGUCUCCAACCUCCAGGGUCCGUACCUAGUGCCUGGGGAGCCGCCGCGCGAGGGGGAGCACGGCCACCUCCGGCAGGGCCCGGGCGAGGCGGGGGGCCGUGGGCAGGGCCGCCCCCUCCCGCCGCCCGGCCGCCCGGCCCCCCGCACCCUGUCCCGCCAGGACACCUUCGACUUGGAGACCCCGGGCAGCCGGGAUUCGGCCGGCACAGAGCCCGGCGAUUCCUGCUGUAUGGACAUCGAGACGGACCCCGGUGAGGAGGAGCCGCCGGGUCCCCCCGGUGCCGGACCCCGCGCCCCCCCCGGCCACCAGCACCCCGGCACCUGGGACCAGGACGAGCCUGGGCGCGAGAGCCGGGCGCUGCGGGGCCGAGCCAAGGGCCGGGACGGCUACUGCCCCGACCCGCCGGAGAGCCUCGGCCUCGACCAGAGCGACGUGGAGGGCUGGGGCCAGGACGUUUACAUCCGUUAGGGUGAGGGGGGUGCAGGCAGGGGAUGGGCCCGCCCCCCAGCGCUGGCUUUGGGGUGGGGGAGAGCCCCGCCGGUUGCCUUUGUGCCCCCCCUAAGCCCAGCCAGCCGUACCAUGGGGAGCCCCUGCUUUGCCCCAGGGGCUCCCCCUGCCCCACUCUUUGGUGGGGGGGGUCGGCCCCCCCCGCCACAGCCCCCAGCAUCUCAUGGUGCUUCGGGCCCUCCCUGCCCCACCGGGAGACCAAGUGACCAAAGGGGACCCAGGGGGGGCUCUGCCCCUGGCCGGUGUGUCCCCGUCCCCUGCCCCUGGGCACGGGGUGGGGGGCUGUGCCCCCCACCCAGCCCUUGCCUGUCAGCUGCCCGCCCCUGCCGGGUGCCCCCGCUUCUCCAUGGUGCUGUUUGCCACCCGGCUGCAGGGGGACCCCUGAGCUGGCCGUGGCAGUGUGGGGGGGUCCCUGCCAGCUGCGCCCCCCGCCACUCCCAGCCAGUGCCUGCAGCCUGGCACUGCACGCCUGCAGGGCUGCGACCCACAGCCCCCCCCCCCAGCCCCCCAGCAGCUGCGGGGGGGGGGUGCAUGCGUGUGCGGUGUGUGCAGGGCUUUGGGGUGUGCUGGCCGCAGAGGGGUCCCGCUGCCCCAGGCUGUGCCCCCCCCACCCCGCCCCAGGAUGCUGCCUGCCUGGGGCAGGGGUGUUUGCAUGCGUUUGCCUUGGAGGGGCUCUGCCUGAAUUUUGGAGGGGGGGGGGGGCAAAUCUGAGCCAGUUUUGGGGGGGUCUAACCCAUGCUAACAGCUGCCCAGCCCUGGCCUGCCGCAGCCAUGGCAGCACCUGGCGAGUCCCUCUGCCCUGGGGGGCCGCACGCCGCCCCCCCUUUCCCUGGGACCGCUGGGGUGCGCCGGGCAGCGCCAGGCCCCUGCCCCCCCCCCCCAUCCCCCCCGUGCCACCCCCCUCCCGCUGUGCCUGUCUGCUCUCGCCCCGUCCAGCUGUGUCUGUCUGUCCGUCCGUCUGUCCGUGAGCCUGUCUGUCCGUCCCCCCUGCCCGGCAGGGCUGCCUUUGCCCCCCCUCCCCCAGCGCCCCGGGGCACUGCCUUCUCCAGCGCCCACCCCGGGGUACCCCUUAUCCCCCCCACCUCUGCGGGGGUGACCACACCAGGGUGAGGUGGGGACACCCCACAUCCAGCCCUCACCGUGGGGCCGGGUUCGCCCCACUUAUGGGGCAGCCCCUUGCCCCUCCCCGGGGCGAUGCUGGGGGUCCCCGGGGUCGCUGCCUUAGCCAGACCACCAGCCUUGCCAGCCCAGGCCGGGGGGGCUCGGGGGCACCCAGCUCUGCCGCUGCCAAGCCGCCUCCGCCCAUUGUGUGCCUCAGUUUCCCCUUUUUUUCUGGGAGGGGGGAACUCUGUGUCACUGCCUGCCAAGUGCUUUGAGACCCGCUUGCCCCCCGCAGUGGCCAGGGUCCGGGCAGUGGGGGCCCCCCCCGGCCCUCCCGCGGGCAGAGGAACGUCCCGUAUUUAUGUCACUCCACAAACUUUAUUUAAAGACCUGACAAAGUGUAUUUUAUUUAUUUAUUCUCGUUGGUGUGUGGGGGGACUCGCCCCGCUCGCUUGGUUCUUUGUAAUAAACAUUUCGGUGAG